CCAGCAGACAUCACCACAUGGUUUUGCCUUUUGGCGAAUAAUAGCAAAAUCUUCAGCUGCAACUCAAAGCCUAUCUAAGGCCUCCAGUAUAAAUAAUCCUCUUUAUGGAACUUCUAAUUAUCCAAGCUUCAAAGUUUUCAAUUAUAUCUACUUUACUGUCAAACAAUGCUCAGUGCUAAGAAACUCAUGAAGAUGGCCAGAAAAUGGCAGAAGUUUACAGCCAUUCAAAGGAAGAGGAUAUCACUUCCAAGAAAUGGCAAUGAUGCAGACUACAGUACAACAUUAUCAUCUAUAGUUGAGAAAGGCCAUUUUGUAGUGUACACAGCUGAUCAAAGGCGCUUUGCGAUUCCAUUAUCUUAUCUGGAAAAUGAGGUCAUUAGGCAACUCUUGGAAAUGUCUGAAGAAGAGUUUGGGCUGCUUAGUUGUGGACCUAUUACAUUGCCAUGUGAUUCACUUUUCAUGGAUUACAUCAUUUUGCUAAUCAAGAAAGGAGCAGCAGCUGGAGAUCUUCACAAAGCAUUGCUCCUCUCAAUCACUUCAUGUUGCAGAUUAACAUCUUUACAACCCCAAUGGGAAAACCAGCAGCUACUUGUCUAUUGAGCCAUUAUCAACAUCUUUUUUCUUCAUAUAUGAUAGCUCAAAUAGUUUUGUAGAAUAGGCGAAGAGUAUAAUAAAUGUAAAGUGCAUCAUACAUAUUGAAUAUAUAUUCAUCAAGAACUUCACUGUUUCAAUUUUCAUCAA